AUGAGAUCUUCGAGCAUCCUCGUCCUCGGUUUGGCCGCAAACACCCUUGCCUACGCGCCACAACAAGUCCUCAGCUCGCUCGACCUUUCAGGAAGCUCUUACGAGUGCGAUAACGGUGCGAAGCCGUCAGUCGUCUGUAACGACGCAUCUGACAAACACAACUGUUCUUGUACUUGUACCAACGGUAUCAAGUUUGAGCACCCUCUCGAUCCCUUCUCCUCCGCAACCAGUGGAGGUAGCAGCCAAAUUGUCGACAAUGCUGCAUGCCAGGCCGACAAAGACCUUCUGAUGGCCCAGGUCAAAGGUCUCACAGACGACCAGCAAAAGAGCCUCCAGAGCCAACAAGAUUUGCUUGACCGAAUCAGUACAUACCAAAACACUUUUCAUUACCAGGGUUGCUUCACCGAUGCCAACCCCCAUGUUCUUGAUGCUGUCUUAGAAGUGAUACCAAAUAUUACGGUGGAGAAAUGCGCGGUCAGGUGCAAGGCAUACAAACACUUUGGUAUAAACUAUGGCAGUUAUUGCUUGUGUGGGGACACAUUCGCAAACCCAACAAAGGAGAUCGCUGAGACUCAGUGUAGCAGUCUUUGCAUAGGUGAUGAUCAAAAAAGAUGUGGAGGACAUACCAAGCUGUCAAUCUAUUCGAAGCCGGUUAAGAGCAGUGUUUGA